AUGAAGUUCACCACCGUUGCCACCGCGCUCCUCUGCGCCGAGUCUGCCUUCGCUGCUCGCUUCACUGAACAGCGCCGCGAGCGCCACGCCAAGCGCGCCGCUGCCCGCGGCGAGCGUCUCACCCUGCCCAAGAUCGUCGCCGAACAGGGCGAGAUCGAGGCAGCCCAGUUUGACAAUGAGACUCAGGUCAGCUACAGCACCAACUGGGCGGGCGCCGUGCUCAUCGGCUCGGGCUACAAGUCCGUGACGGGCACCAUCGUCGUCCCCACGCCCUCGGUGCCCUCGGGUGGCAGUACCCGCACCGAGUACGCCGCCUCGGCCUGGGUCGGCAUCGACGGCGACACGUGCCAAACGGCCAUCCUGCAAACGGGCGUCGACUUCUAUGUCGAAGGCUCGUCCAUCGCCUUCGACGCCUGGUACGAAUGGUACCCGGACUACGCUUACACUUUCUCGGGCAUCCCCAUCUCGGCAGGCAACACCAUCACCAUGACGGUGACGGCCACGUCGACCAAGACGGGUACCGCCGUCAUCAAGAACGUGAGCACCGGCAAAUCGGUCACGCACACCUUCACGACGCAGUCGGCCGCGCUGUGUCAGACUAACGCCGAGUGGAUCGUGGAGGACUUCUCGUCGGGCAACUCCCUGGUCCCCUUUGCCGACUUUGAUUCCGUUACCUUUACCGGCGCUUCGGUCACAACGAGCAGUGGUACCGGGUCCGUCAGUGGCGCGGAAAUCCUGGAUAUUCAGCAGAGUAACAAGGUUUUGACUAGUUGCUCUACUUCGGGUAGCUCGACUGUCAUUUGCAAUUACUCUGGCUAA